AUGUUCUGCAUCGGUUACGGAACCAUGGCACCACAAUGUAUCGAUGAUCUCUGGAUGAUGUUUUUCUCGAUAUUUAUCGGAGAUCUACUGAAAGCGGUCUUCAUCGGCGGUGCUUCAUCGAUGAUGCAGAUGAUGGACGCGUCAAAAAGACUUUACACGGAAAAGCUCAACGCAGUAACUGAAUAUAUGGAGCACAAGAGACUUCCUUCCUAUACCCGCCAAAGACUUCUUGACUAUUACGAAAAACGAUAUCAAGGAAAAAUGUUUGACGAAGAAAAAGUGCUGGCAACUCUCAAUCCAAUCCUCCGAAAAGCUCUGAUUCGCCACAACCGGAAAGAUCUUGUCGAAAAAGUCCCGUUUUUCGACAAAUGUCCUGCUUCAUUCAUCGAUGAGGUUCUUCAUGUCAUGCGUCUCGAGAUGUAUCUCAAAGACGACAAGAUCAUUCGCCAAGGUGCAGUUGGAAACAAGAUGUUUUUCAUUCAAAGUGGCAUGUGCUUGAUUAUUUUUGGCAAUUUAAAAAAACGGAAAAGGAAAUCGCUAGUAUUGCAAGAAGGAGACUUUUUCGGGGAAAUAUCACUUCUUAUUCCCGAUACAAAACGAACUGCUACAGUCAUUGCUAGAGAUGCAACUUACGUUUACUCACUCAAAUACAAAGAUUUUACGAAAAUUCUCGACAUGUAUCCGAAUAUCAAAGAAAAGAUGGAGAAGAUAGCGGAGGAACGACUCGCGCAAACGAUUGCUCAGACAGAGAAUCAGAGCAGCAGCGAUUCAGAACCAGUCGAAGACGGCUCCAAAAUUUACCCGUGGCCCGAUUACACAACUGACAUCGAGGACGAGUCCGUCACCUUUGAAGCACCUACAUUUACAGUACAACGACCUGAAUCGGAAAUGACCGUCAAUGCUGCUUUCGACAAUGUACCUAUGUUCUCGAUCAAUGUUGAUGCUCCUUCUGACGAAAGCCUACACGAAAACGCAUAG